AGACGGGUAUAGUUUAGUAUUAGCGCAUAAAUCAAAAUUUGUAAUGGUACGAUUAAACAAAGAAGGAGAAUAUUCAGCAUUAGGUCAAGGCUCAGGUUGUCAGCAGGAAGGAGAGGAGAUUACAGCUGUAGUAUGCUUACCUUUAUUUGUUCCAUCAACUCGGUUAACUCAACAUUAUAUACUUUGCGGAUACAAUACAGGUUGGAUUCGCGUGUUUUCAGAGUCUGGCGUUUUGUUGACAGCACAGCAACUAGAAACGACUAGUGUCCUUUCUAUCAAGGUCAGGGCGCCACCACCUGUGUUCAAAAUAGCAAAACUUCGACAAUUUGCGAAUGAGAAUGAGGAUGUUACAAUUCUGUUUCGAGGUAAUAAAAUUGUUACUAUCGACGGUCAAAGUCUUUGGAUGGUUCUACGAGUUUGUGAUGGACAAAGAGAAAGCGGCAUCGAUGCCUCACAUAUGCAUACAGCUUUUACAUAUAAAAAAUGGGAUCUUCAGCAUCAAGAUGAAGUGAAUGAUAUUCUUAGUUUGGGUCCCUCUCCAACAUACUCACAAAUACCUUACAAUGAUCCAUCUACCGCUAUAUCUACCACCAAUGCAUUCCCGCCAAAAAAUGCUACUUCACAGUUUAUAGCUGUUGGUUCUCAUCCUAUGCUCACCUAUUAUGCCACAUCCGAAUCAUCGAAACCGCUCAUGUCAGCAGCCUCCAUGGCAAGUUAUGUCGUGUCACGGGUUGCCUCUCCAGUAUUUUCAUUUGCCAAGUCCUGGUGGGGAUCUUCCUCAUCUUCAUCAGGGUCUAACACUACCACAACAAUAAGCCGACACUCUACUCUACACAACAAUAAGACUGAUAACCCAACACCCUAUGUCCCUGAUUUACGUCGUCCGCCACCCACUCACAUCGAGCCAGCAACACCCCUUCCCGCUGUUUUAUCUGUCAAUGAUGCUUACCGUAAAAUCAAUCAUAUUUAUUUGUCGCCUGCGCCUUUUAUCAGUGCAGUACAGCGUAACACUUUAGCAGCUACAACAGAUGCUUUAGGAAGAGUGGUGUUAUGGGAUAUUCACGAAGGGCAGAUGUUGCGUAUAUGGAAAGGCGUCCGCGAUGCAGUUUGCGGUUGGGUGGAAGUAUUCGAGCAUGAGCUUUAUCAACAGCCAAAAAACCAAACAAGCUUUAAAAAAAUUUUGUUGUUCCUUGUAAUGUAUUCUUCAAAAAGUGGUUUUUUAAAAAUCUUCCAAAUGAGACACGGUAAACAAGUAGGAGCCUACCAUGUUGGUCCAGGUUGGCAACUGGUGUCAUGCGGUGGUGAACCAUUAGGAAGCUCCAUGGUCUCUCCUGAACGGCGGGUGAAAGCUUCCAACAAGAAUCAUAUCGGCGCUGAGUAUAACGGUCUAGCAAAUUGCCUCUUGGUAGGAUCCGAUGGGGAGGUUCGCAAGAUCAAAAUAAUUUUAAAAGAAGCACUGUUACAAUAAGAAAAAUCAGCAGUAACAGAAACAUAGUACCUACCGACGCAAUGUCUUCUGAGCAAUUACUUUAUUUUAUUUUAUGUUUGGUUAUUAAACCAUACAAUUCACUUCUUUCUCCGUUUAUAUGAACUUGUUCAAGCCUUCCUUUAAAUUUUUCUGGCAUUACUUUCUAUAAUUGUAUGAUAUGAGCAUAAUAAGAUCCAAAAGUAUACAAUAAACCUGAAUGUAUAUAAAAAUACAUAGUUCAUCUUGGCAUG